AUGAACAAAACCGCCGAAGAGCUUGUCGAAAGCUUAAGAUGCGCUUCCGAAGGUUUAACCAAUGCUUUAACCUCGAUCACUGUGAAAGUCAGCUUUGUAUUUCUUGCGACAGUUAUUCUCCUAAGCUAUUAUUUUGCUGUGCUGGCAAUCCGGGCUCUUUGGAACAAUAAUAUAUUCUCAAAUUCAACAAGACUAAUUUUAAUUGUGUGUUUGUUGAAUUCGGUUGUCCACCAGUCUACAAUGAUGGAGAUACGGAUCCGCCAGGUAUACCGAAGUUUUGUUUAUUCCUCCGAACCUUGCCGCCUACCCUUCCACUUCACAGACUGUGAAGUCGAACUUUAUUUCUACUACCUCACAAACUAUUUCUCCACGUAUUCAGUGUUCUCUCUCACUUUUGACAGACUAAUAUCCUACUUUUUUCCAAAGUGCUACAUUUCUUAUCCGUACCAAGUCUCUAUCUCUCUUCUUAUUAUCCAACUUGUUUUCACACUCGGUACGUAUUAUUUCGGAUUAUAUGGAGUUCCAAAACUUGGCUAUGUGCCAAUUUGCAACUAUGCCCCAAGACUAGCAACUAACUUUGUGAAAAUCAAUGAUUUCCGCACCACGAUCAUGGUUUUCUGCAUUAUAGUCACUAUAUUCAUAUAUUACUUAAAUGUUAAGUCAGAGAAGCAAAUCAAGCGAACGAGCUAUUCGCUUGGAGAACAAUAUCUGGCGCGCGAAAAUGUUGCGACAUCUCAAUCAGUGUGCAUAUUAAUUGUUCUCCAGUUCGUCUGCAUUUCGGUGUCCUCGUUUGGCGUUAAUUAUAUCAAAUCAAUCAAAAGCACGCUUUCUGAUGAGGAGUACAACAAGAUCGCUCCGUUUGUUGUGGGAGUAACCUACGCGAAUCUAUGCCUUCCACUUGUCAUCUACUUCAAGACAAAAUUAACAAUUCGAAAGAGGAGGAUUCGAAUUGGAGUUAUGACGUCAGUCUAUGGAGAUGUCGGAGAGCAUAUCAAUCGGCUGAAGAAAAGCUGGGAAUAA